UGCAUUUAUACUCUAACAAAAAAUCUUAAAGGAUCAUAUCUUAGAGCAUAUAUAUUAAUAUAUGGUAACAACUCUUUCCUGAUUCCAUAUUCAGGUAGAUUUAGCCAUUAAAAACGUUUAAUUUCAUGAAAGCAUUUAUACAAAUAUCUUAUGUUACCAUUUAUUUUUUCUUUUGAAAAAAUAAUAUCUUAUUUUACCUUGGAAAGCUCUUUAAGAAAUCAAUAUAAUAGCAAUCCAAUUCUUUGUAUAUAUUUGCCAUCAAAUUCUACUUCCCCAUAUAAAAUCAUAUCAAGCUUUGUAAAUUAGAGAGCAAAAAAAAAAAAUGUCUAAGAAACUCCAAAAAUCCCUUCAAGAUUACCUCUCAAAGAUCAAAAAACAAACUCCACACCUCCAAUUUUCUCAUAGUUCCCUUUCCUCCACCACUAGAAAGAUUGUGGCGGGGUGCAAGCACCCUAAGAGCCUCUCGUUCACCGGCAAGGACCGGCGCAAAAACCACCAUGAUCAACAACAACACGAUGAGGAGGUGGCCACGGCGGCCACCUUGGAGGACAUUGAUAAUUUUCUUAUUGAAAAUUUCAAGUCAUUGUAUGGUCAAGGUCAUGAUAACCAUAUUGAUGAUGGUUAUGAGUCAACAAAUGAAGGGAAAAAUGGGAAAAACACUCUCCAAGAGUAUCAACUUAACCAAAUAGAAGAUACUAUUGGUAAUCAUGAGGGAUUAGGGAGACUCUAUGAAUCUCCAAGAUUUUUCACUCCCCCUCGCGAUCUCUGUGGGUCCCAACGUUUUUUUUUUACCUCUUCCUCCUCAAGUUCAUUAGUUGAGGAGGCGAGGAUUAGUGGUCAAGGUGGGCCCUCGUCCUCAUCAGAGGACGAGGAAUCCCCCUUAACACCCAAAAGGGACACCCAAACCCACCCCCAAAACUACAUUAAGGAUGGCACGUCUGCCAUCCCGGGAGGAAUAGAAGAUUGUAUCGCGCUUCUAACGGUGUCACCAAGUCCAUAUGAGGAUUUUAGGAAGUCCAUGCAACAAGUGUUAGACGCCAAGGUUAACAACCAAGAAAGGGUAGAUUGGGAUUUCAUGGAAGAAUUAUUAUUUUGUUACUUAAGGUUGAAUGAGAAAAAACAAUAUAGGUACAUUCUUAGUGCAUUUGUGGAUUUGAUUGUGGUUUUGCGUCAAAAUUCGAGCAUUAGAGGGCCGGAAGGGUCACGCAAUUAAGAGAAACAAAAUUAACAAACAAAAAUAUAAUAAUUAGGUAAUCUCUAAAAAAGUAAAAAUGUUUAUUUGCUAGUCACAUUAGUUUGUAGUACUUUAUUUCCUCCUUAUGUUAUGCAUAUUACUGUACUUGAUUUCUCAUUGACCGUCAUGUUUCAUGGGUAAAAAUCAUAAAUGUGAAGUGAAAUGUAACGAAUUCCUAAAAAUCUUUGAUUUAGGGCAUUGAUCUUUGUUAUGUUUGUGAGUUUUAUUUGUUGUACAUUCAACGUAGUGUUUACGGGAUUUCUUGAUCUUAUAAGCUUUCAUUUUAGAACUCUCGUUAAGUCGUUAUAAUGUGAUAAGUAAUGAUUUUUAAGUACGUUUGAAUGCAAUUGUAAAGGUUUCAUUUUAGGGCUCCUGUUAUGAUGUAAUAAGUAAUUGAUUUUUAAAUACAACGUUAUAAAAGCG